AUGGACCACAUAAAGAAAAGAGCGCUAGUGGUUGUCUUCCCCAUGUUCAACAUCCUUGAUGUGAGCGGUCCAGUUUCAGUACUCUUCAACACCACGGACUUCUCCGUGAGCUAUGCCGCGAAGGAUGAGCUCACAACGUCUCAAGAGAACACAACAAUUAAGAGAGACAUAUCCCUCGCUGAAGCCAAACUUCAUCUGUCCGACUAUGACAUAUUGAUCGUCCCUGGUUCACGACCAAACAAUAUCCUACCGCUUGUGGAAACCGAUCAGGGGCCGUUAUCGGAACUUGUCGAAUUUAUCACCUGUUUUGCAUCCGACAUGGACCAAGAUAGCAUGCGGCAACGUACUAUUCUGGCCGUCUGCAUGGGAUCCUACUUCCUAGCCUUUGCAGGUGUCCUUGAUGGCCUCACGGCAACCACUCACCGUCUUGCUGUCCCCGGGCUCCGAGACGUAACCCAACGUUAUGUGGAUCGAACCCCUGCUGCGAAAGGGACUCGAGUCGUCCCCGAAGAUCCCUCGGAUCUGGUUUCCUACCUGGAUGCUGGCCAGAAUCAGGCCGGAGUCAGAAUCAUCACGACGGGCGCUAUGGCCAAUGGCAUCGAUGCCACAUUGCAUUUUGUUGGCCUUUGUUCGGGUCGGUCACUUGCGAUUGAGGUGGCGGAGCUCAUUGGAUAUCGGUGGAAGGAGAUCUAG